AUGCCGAUCGAUGACUUCAUCACCAACUUCAGAAAACCCUUAUCACAGCCUAUCCUGUCAUCACCGCCACGCCUGCGGAUCACUAGGGCUGCACGGGCGUGGGCGAUCGAGGACAAGGACCUGAUCCCCAAGAGGAGCGCUCGACUUGCUGCCAAGAGCAAGUUUAGGGAGCCAAAGCCGAAGGCGCAAGCAAGGAAGGUGAUGAUGAAGCGGCUCGAAGUGGAGGUGGAGACGCAACUUCCUUACGAGGUGUCAUUUGAUGAGUUCCAGACGGCCUUCGCCCUGCCCUUGACGCCGUCGAUGAGGGAGGCGAUGCAAGUCCUCUUUCUGGGCCGGAAACGACGGGCCUCUAGUGCCAUUCGUGCCGCCAGUGUUAGGUCGCGCAAUUUGUUUAAGAUGUAA